AGAGGGUCCCGCCGACCGCCAUGGCAGCGCUGGAGUGGUACGCACACAAGGCCCUGGGGGACGGCGUCUUCUGGAUACAGGAGCGCUUCUACGAGUCGGGGAACAGGGCGAACAUCUGGCUGGUGCGCGGCUCCCACCAGGACCUGGUGAUAGACACGGGGCUCGGGCUGCGCAGCCUACCGGACUACCUCUGCUCCUCCGGGCUGCUCCCGGACGGCAAGGACGGCGGAUCCGGUCGCCGGCCGCUCAUGGCUGUGGCCACACACGUACACUUCGACCACGCCGGGGGCCUGCACCAGUUCCAGCAGGUGGCGGUGCACCGAGAGGAGGCGGAGGCGCUGCUCCGGGGGGAUAACUUCGAGACGGUGACCUGGCUGUCUGACAGCGAGGUGGUGAGGACGCCGAGCCCGGGCUGGAGCGCCAGUCAGUUCAAGGUGCAAGCGGUGCAGCCCACACACAUCCUGGAAGAUGGGGACAUCAUUAGCCUCGGUGACAGACAGCUGACGGUGAUGCAUAUGCCAGGACACUCCAGAGGAAGUAUCUGCUUACAUGACCGGGAUCGCAAGAUGCUAUUUAGUGGUGAUGUUGCUUACGAUGGAUCGAUGAUCGACUGGCUCCCUUACAGCAAUAUUCCUGACUAUGUUAGAUCCUGCGAGCGUCUCAAGGGAUUGGUGGCCAGGGGUCUGGUGGAGAAAGUGCUACCUGGGCAUUUCAACACUUUUGGGUCAGAAAGACUUCAUCGUUUGGCCUCUAACUACAUAACGAAUGCUGGAGUUUGCCACAAGGUUUCCACCUAUGUAACACGAUCUUUUGCAGGAUUAGCCCUUCGUGUGUCUAAUUCCAGGAGAACAACCUAGAGAGCAUAAUGAGAACCGUCAGUAAGGAACUAAAACAAAGGAUUUCUAUGCAAACAUCAUGAAACCAAACAAAAUAUAAAACGUGCUGAUCGUUAAGUACACACCAUUAAUACCUCCCAUUUAAGCUACUGUAGUAGUAUUAUUUAAAUGGCAAGUAAAUAUUAUAUUGGGAAUUCUUGUAAGAGUGGUUGCAUUAUAGAAUGAGUUUGUUGGUGAUAACUUUCUCUGUGUGAAAUGUGAGCAAAUAUCCAUUCAUAAUAAUAAUGUACUGUAAUAUUA